CCCUCCACUACAAGUCGCGACUCACCUUCCAGUCACAACAGCUUACUCCCGAUAGGGGAACAUACUACAUACUCACUACCGAGCUCGGUCAAGAUACCCCCGUCGUUUCUUGUCCAUGGUCCAGAAUAUCCGCAAACGUCCCGCGGUUGAACCUCCCCUUCCCCUCCGUUCCGCCAAACUUCCGCGUUCGAGCACCGACUCGGAUCUCACGUCACGCUGGCGUCAACUGGGACAAGACGCCAAAGGCUUAGCUGUGGAUACCGUUUCCUAUUUCUUCGGUGGUCCCGAAACCUCCUCGUCGUCCCAGCCAAGGGUAAACGGCUCAUCAACAUCAACACAGUGCAGACCAACUGCUCCUCCCCGCCGCGCGUCGAUGUCAUCCACCUUCAAAAAACCUGCAGAUCCCCAGCCAAAGUCGUUAAAGUCUCUUCCAUCACAAUCUCUGGACUCCCUGGUUUCGACAUCAAGUGUACCCAGUCUCACUAAUGGAGAUACAUCCCCAUCUUCCAGCCAGUCGCCAAACGGCACCUCGUCUAGCGGUCUUGGCUCUCGACACUACAAACGAAAUCACAUAUUUCAUAAUAAGCACAAGGCGAGAGUGAAAGAGAUGCAGAAGGCCGACCUCGAGAAACUGACGCUAGAGCUUUAUGAGCUGAAGCGAAGGGAUGGAUACAAAUCAAAUUUAGACACCUUCAAAGACUUCGUAAACUACGGGGCUCGGCUGGAGCGUGUGGACCAAAGGGAUAUUCUGUCUCCUUCGCAGUCGAUGACGGACCUUCAUGAGCCUGAGCCCUCCAAAAAGCCACCUUUGCGUCGCUACUCAGACACCCAUAAGGACGAAGAGGGACUCUACAUUGGUGAAUUCUUGAAACGCGCAAUCAAGGACGCGAGGGAGUCUAUCAAAAGACCUAUUCCCAAACCUUUCGAUCGUUACGGGAACCGCAUCCGGCUCACCCUGUUACGAAAAGACCAAGAGAUUGAGGACCACCUGAGACCGAAACCGCCACCUUUGCCAACAUCUCUCCUUCCAAAAGAAGCAGAUGAGGUGUCGAAGCUGCUGACUAAGAGAGGCUUGAUAUCGAAGGUCGCUCGAGAACAAGUGUCGGACAAGGACCUGGUCCGACUUGGGCCUUCACAAUGGCUCAAUGACGAGAUCAUCAACUUCUACGGGCAGAUGAUCUUGACGCGUUCCGAGGGUGCGAAGGAGAACUCUUCCGCCAAUGGCGCUGCCAAUGUACCUCUGAGGGCACAUUAUUUCAACACAUUCUUCUGGCCCACGUUGACUAGCAAGGGGUAUGAUCAAGGUCGAUUAGCGAAGUGGACAAAGAAGCUCGAUUUGUUCGCCAAGGAUAUCGUUCUUAUUCCCAUUAACCAUAGCAAUAUGCAUUGGACGGCCGCUGCUAUCAACUUCCGAGAGAAGCGGAUAGAGUCCUAUGAUAGCAUGGGCCACUACCAGAAAAGUGUCUUUAAGCCUCUGCGCGAUUACUUGAACCGAGAACACCAAAACAAGAAGAACGCUCCGUUUGAUUUCACCGGUUGGGUAGACUAUGUUCCUGAGGAAACUCCUCAGCAAGAGAAUGGCUUCGACUGUGGCGUGUUCACUUGCCAGUUCAUGGAGUCGUGCUCGCGAGGACGGACUUUCAACUUUACCCAGAAGGAUAUGCCUUACUUGCGCAAACGUAUGAUAUGGGAGAUCGGGAACGCUACGUUCCUUGACAACCCUUGAGACGCGUUCACGAACAGUCGCUAUCUUGUCCUUUCAAUUCUUGCUUUCGCUGUGUUAUUACUGUCGAGUUGUUCUCCUGCGUUGUUGCAUCCCUUCUAUUAAUCUUCAACGGCCUAUAUUGUAGUUACUUAUUUCCUACCUUAAGCCUCACUCACCUUCCGAGGUUCACAUUCAAAUUCAC